AAGAAAAUAUGUUUGGUGUUACAACUUCUAAGGUUUAAUGAGUUGGCAAAGUCAGAAUAUUUUAAUCCUAGGAGCAUUGGAACCUGGAAGCUUUAAUUUUGCUAAAAUAUAUUGUGAUUAGGUUCGCCUGUGCAAGCAUGGUUUGACUCUUAGGCAAAAUUGAAAAUAUUGGAAAAUCUUGUUAGAAAAUUUAGAAUUUUAUCAGGGGCAUUUACUUACUUUUGAAGAGUAGCCCAGAUAGCUAAAAAUACUACUCCACAUGCUAAUCCAUUGUUUACUAAGAUGGCUUGGAACUUUGGGAUAUCCAAAGUCCUUAAUAAUUUCAAUCAUUUGAGCUAAUUUUUCUUUAUUUCAUAUCCUAUAGAAAGGGUAGUAGGGUUGGAGAAAUCCUAGUAAAGAUGGUAAAAGUACUCAAUUGUGUACCUUAUCAAUCAUGAAAAUUCCUGAAUAAUUUAAUCAACGAGAAUGGGAGGUGGAUUUAGAGUGCUCCAUCUGGUUCGACCUUUCCUUUCGUUUCUCCCAGAGGUUCAAAGUGCAGACAGGAAGGUUCCGUUCAGAGAGAAGGUUAUAUACACUGUCAUAUCUCUGUUCAUUUUCCUGGUCUGCAGCCAGCUUCCAUUGUAUGGCAUACACUCUACAACUGGCGCAGAUCCAUUCUAUUGGAUGCGUGUCAUUCUUGCCUCAAACAGAGGCACAGUGAUGGAGCUUGGAAUAACCCCAAUAGUGACAUCAGGACUAGUUAUGCAACUCUUAGCAGGUUCAAAGAUCAUUGAAGUUGACAACAACGUGAGAGAGGAUCGAGCCCUUUUAAAUGGCGCACAGAAGUUGUUAGGCAUUUUAAUUGCAGUCGGGGAAGCUGUGGCGUAUGUUCUUUCAGGAAUGUAUGGCAGUGUCGGCCAACUUGGAGUUGGGAAUGCAAUCCUUAUAAUUCUGCAACUCUGCUUUGCUGGCAUCAUAGUUAUUUGCCUGGAUGAGCUUCUCCAGAAGGGAUAUGGCCUUGGCUCUGGUAUUUCACUCUUCAUUGCAACCAAUAUUUGUGAAAACAUUAUCUGGAAAGCAUUUAGCCCAACCACCAUUAACAGUGGGCGUGGAGCUGAAUUUGAAGGUGCUGUUAUUGCUUUGUUCCAUUUGUUGAUCACUCGGACCGACAAGGUUCGUGCUUUGCGAGAGGCAUUCUACCGGCAGAACCUCCCUAACGUCACAAACUUACUGGCCACUGUCUUGGUCUUUCUUAUCGUCAUUUACUUCCAAGGGUUCCGUGUAGUUUUGCCAGUGAGGUCAAAGAAUGCUCGGGGGCAACAGGGUUCUUAUCCUAUUAAGCUAUUCUACACUUCUAAUAUGCCCAUUAUUUUGCAGUCUGCACUUGUAUCCAAUCUGUACUUCAUUUCCCAGUUGCUUUAUAGGAAAUACAGUGGUAAUUUCCUUGUUAACCUUUUGGGGAAGUGGAAGGAAUCUGAGUACUCUGGUCAAUCUGUUCCUGUUGGGGGUCUUGCUUAUUAUAUAACAGCACCAUCUAGCUUGUCAGAUAUAUUAGCCAAUCCUUUCCAUGGAUUGUUUUACAUUGUGUUCAUGCUGUCAGCAUGUGCUUUAUUUUCAAAAACGUGGAUUGAGGUAUCAGGAUCCUCGGCCAAAGAUGUGGCUAAGCAACUGAAGGAGCAACAAAUGGUGAUGCCUGGACAUAGAGAAUCAAAUCUGCAGAAGGAGCUGAACCGAUACAUUCCCACUGCAGCUGCAUUUGGCGGCAUGUGCAUUGGUGCACUGACAGUCUUGGCAGAUCUCAUGGGCGCGAUUGGUUCUGGUACAGGAAUUCUGCUUGCAGUUACCAUCAUAUAUCAGUAUUUUGAGACAUUCGAGAAGGAGAAGGCGAGCGAACUUGGUUUCUUUGGUUUCUAAGACAUUCCGGUGAGCUAGUUACAGUGACUGAAACUUUUCAAUUUUGGUUAGAUGAGGAAUGUAAAGAAGAAAAAUCCUAAUGGAGAUUGCAGUCCCUUUUACUCAUUUAUUUAUUCCUGUGACAAGAUACUUCUUGAUUAACUCCUAACAAACAUUGCAACUACCCAUAUACUAAGCCUAAGCCCUCUUACUUUUA